UCGUAUAGCGUAUCAAAAUAUUCAUAAAUAUUAAGUGUUGUGUUUUUUUAAACAUCCUGUAUAAGUGCGGUCAUUAUAUCGAUGAAAAGCCAUUUCAAGCUAGAAGAUUAAAUUUUAGCAGAUCAAAGAUGUUUGGAGUUGUUAAGAUCGUUGUUAUAUUCCUAGUCUUUGCAGAUAAUGCGGUUGAAUGUUUUAAACUUGGUCAGCUUUGCAGCUCAAAUGGUAGAAAUUUAAUCCGUGAAUGUGACAGUCAGGGUUGUGGUGAUUUCGGAACACCAAGAGGUUCUCGUACACACAAUGGUGUCGACAUAAUUUGCAAACCAGGGAGUUCUGUCAUGACACAAUUUGCUGCGAAGAUCUGACGAAAAUCACGUUCUUAUUCAAACAACAACAAACCAUAUAACAAUGGAUUGUAUAUUCAAGGAAGCGGAGAAGCCGAAGGUAUCAUCUCUCUCACAUUAACAACCAAAUUCAUAUUAGGCACGGGAAAUUCAUCUUAGACAGGAAAGUUGAUUGUAAAAACCCGUCUUAAUAUGACUUGGAAUGGAUAUAAAAUUUACACGUGUAAUGGGUCGGGUAAUGCUAA